GUAACUAAGCAUAUGUCAGAAGUACACCUCUCUACUGUGUGUAAAAACCUAUCUCUAGAGCUGUUUGAGUGAAAAAAAACAGUCUAUAGUUCCACUACAUCAGUAAAGAUACUGAAGAAAAACAGAAUUUCUUGGUAUCAGACUGCGUAAAAACCGGGUAAUGCCUGUGUUAAUGUAAAUCAUUUCAAUUGUGAGACAAAGUAAUCUAAUUAAGCGGACUAUAUUAAGUCUUGUCAUACUAUUUUUUUUAAAUAUAUCAUCUGUCUACGUAAUACCGUAAGUACUUUAAUCACCUAUUUAUUAUUGAUGGUUCAGAUACAUUUAACAGAAAAUUAUUUUCUAGCUAACUUCUAAGGGUUUUUUCAACCUUAAUCUGUAUUAUCUCGGUUGAUGAUGACUAACAGUGGAUUACUAGCUUGCUAGUUUUCUAGCCGGUCCCAAGUCCAGGUAAAGAGGGAGGGUUCGGGCGUGGUGCUAGCAACUCCACCCCCGUAAAACAACCAAAUCGCUACAGAAACUUCAACGAAUGAAUAUAUUAAGAAUUUUAAAAUCAUGAAAAAUAACCUUAUUUUUUGCUGGAAUCGGAGAAGCGAAAUGACGCAGGCCGGUGAAAGAAUUCGGGAAGCCAGUCAGCCGAUGUACCUUCUUUUGAUGAAAGCAAAAGUAAGGAUGGGUACCUGGAAUGUUCGUACAAUGUACGAAACUGGAAAGGCUGCCCAGAUAGCCGCUGAAAUGAGAAAGUACAGAAUAGAAGUGUUGGGAAUCUGCGAGAGCAGAUGGAACGGAACUGGAAGGUGCCAACUACCUACUGGAGAGACAGUAAUCUAUUCCGGCCACCUAGAGGACAACCAUGAGCAUACCGAGGGAGUGGCCAUCAUGAUGUCACCAACAGCAACCAAAGCUCUCAUGCAGUGGGAACCAAUCUCCUCUAGGAUAAUGACAGUCAGGUUCAACUCAAAAGGAAGGAAAGUUACAGUCAUUCAAUGCUAUGCGCCUACAAACGUCUCAGAACAAGGGAAGAAGGAGGCGUUCUACAGACAACUACAAACGGUAAUGGACAACGUCCCAAAUGGCGAUAUCAAAAUCCUGAUGGGCGACAUGAAUGCGAAGCUGGGAGGAGACAACACAGGAAGAGAACUCACCAUGGGUCGUGAGGCCCUCGGUGAAAUGAACGACAAUGGUGAACUCUUCUCAGACUUCUGCGCCUUCAAUGAUUUGUUGAUUGGUGGCAGUGUGUUCACGCAGAGAGAUAUACACAAGGUGACAUGGGUUUCACCAGAUGGACACACCAGAAGCCAGAUAGACUUCAUUUCAAUCUCAAGGAAGUUGAGACGGAGCCUACUAGACACAAGAUCGAGGAUAGGAGCAGAUGUGGGUUCAGACCGCUAUUUAGUACAAGGGACUUUCAAGGUGAAGCUAAAAGCCUUCAGGAAAGCUGGGGAUAGGCCACAAUGCAAGUUGACCGCGAAGUAAUUUGGAAAUUACUCGAGUACUACAGCGUAAUCCAAAUAUUCAUCAACCUUAUUCAAUAGCUGUGCGACAACGCCCCAUGUCAAGUGAUCCACAACGGAAAACUCAGCGAGGCGUUUGGAGUAAACACAGGAGUCAAACAAGGGUGCUGGGUUAUUAUCACCAAUGAUAUUCCUAAUUGUGGUGGACUGGAUUA